UUCUUUCACUGGCUUGGAUCCAGAUAUCCCGUUCCAGGACCAGUACUUUGAAGUCACCGGUGAGCUACCCGGCGACCCAGAUGAUGGUUUAAGUGAUGUCUCGACAAACCGCGCUAUUCAUGUCCAUUUGCAAGUCCAUACUGAUUGGACUAUCACCAGUAAUGGCACCAUCAGAGGAGGCCGAACUGUAAACACAGCGCAGUUGUUUUUCAACGAAGAUCUAGCUACCCAAGUCAUGGCAGUGCCGCCGUAUUCUUAUCACACCCAGAUUCCACGGAAACCAGUAUCGGAGGACGGUGUCUGGUAUGAUGAAUCGUUGACGGGGGCCAUGACUAUCAUGGACACGGAGCCUUUGGAUGGUCAGGAUUAUACGAACGGGGUCCUGGGAUACAUUACCUUGGGCGUGGAUACGACCGCAAUUCAUAACGGCACCACCGAAAGCCCCAGCUUAGAUGGGAGAUCCAUUGUAGAGCAUGAAAGAGGUCGGAAGGACACGGACUUAUCUCGGAAAACCAUGCCAUAUCUCUCGCAGUCUGCAAGCAUUCCUCUAAUUAAACAGAUCUCCAUUAUCAGCAAACUGCCUAGACGCCAAGAUGCGGCAAUGUAAUUCCUCAAUAUGAUGCUGGCCCUGCAGUGUGGCGAUGGGCUUGCCUAGGUGAGGGUCCAAGGCAAACAUUAGCCAGCAUCCCCAACACAACUCUGCACAAAGUAGAAGGUCUAGACAAUUGUCCAACGACCAAGCCAGGAGUUCGAUCCAGAACACCAGCAGUCCACAUUCAUUACCGAUGAUCCCGUUGUAUCCACUGUCAGAUGGCCCGAAC